AUGGGUGACAUCCAUGGAACGGGAAAUGAAGUAGAAAUGGCUAGAGGCACUAGUUUCAUUGGCGAUGGCGCCAGGGAUACAGGUGGCAAUGCCUUUCAUGGGUUGGGUGACGCCUUAGCGGUUAACCUUGGCGACGCCGCUAGUGGAAUUAAGGUGAGAUGUGACGCUGCGACGCCGAUCACUGUGGGUGACACCAAUAAGGAUGUUGAAGCAAGGAUAACCCACGCUGUGGACGACACCAAGGCAACAUAG